UCCAUCCCCCAGCGGCGGCCGGUGAAGGACAAGACAAGGAGAAGGUCAUCCUCAACCCUAACCCUAGAGAAGGGGAAGAAGAGCACCUCUCCAUCCACCGGCGGCCGCGCGAAGGAGAAGGGGUCGGGGUAUCCCCAUCCCCACCAGCGACCGACGCUCCCUCAACCUUGCAAGAUGCCAGAAAUUGAUUGGAACAUAGAGAACACUCGGAUCCUUUGUGGUUUGAUGGCUGAGCAAGUUGAGAAAGGAAAUCGCCCAAAUACAUUCUUGAAUUCAGUGGGUUAUGCUGAGGUUGAGAAAGGAUUCAAAGAUCGUACGGGUAUUGUACUGACCAAGAACCAAAUCAAGAACAAGUGGGACAAAUUGAAGGAAGAUUUCAAGGCAUGGAGAAAGCUAACGACGAUGCAAACAGGAAUCGGUUGGAAUAAUGGCACUAUUAAUAUGGACGAUGAAUGGUGGAAGAAAGCUAGAGCUGAUAUUCCAGGAUGUGGGAAGUUUAGGAAGCAGCCGCUUCAAAAUGAAGAUGAGUUAGCAAUUUGUUUUCAAGGCAUUGUGAAUAUUGGUUCUGAUCAUUGGAACCCUUGUGGUAACACUUCUACAAUGGCCGUGGAUGAUGUUGUUCCUGUGGAUGAUGAAGUUGCUGCACUAGGUGGGACACAAGAAGAGGAAUUAGAUGAGGUUACCCCUUCCCCUAGUAGUGGCAAGAGACCGGCAAGGCCUUUCCAUGGUACAUGCAAGAAGCCUAAGACAGCCAAUGCAGUCCUCAUUCAAGAAGCAUGCACUAGUAUGGCUAGUUCAGCCAGUGCAUAUGCUGCCAAGAGAGAAGGAAAAUUCACUAUUGAAGAAGUGAUGAAGGCAGUAGUUGAAUGUGGUGCUGAGUAUGGAUCCGAUGAACACUACAUUGCCACUUCAUUGUUUGUCAAAAGGGAGCAAAGGGAGAUGUUCAUGACCUUACCUACUAAUGAUGUUAAGAAGAGUUGGCUUACCAGAAAAUAUAAUGAUAGGCAUGCAAAGUAGGAGUGCUUGUCUCAUGAAUCCUUUGUUACAUUGCUACAUUGCUUUGUUGUAAGACUUGUAAUAAUUUAGAUUAUUCCAUGUUUAACAUUGCUUGUCAUAUGAAUGAA